AGAUUUUUAGAAAGAGAACCUUGGAACAGAUUGCCAUUAAAAUGGCACUAUAGCGAAACGUGUUCGUGUCUCAGUCACAAAUACUUUAAAUAGAUUCAAUUGACAUCAUUUUAUGAAGGCACUGAAGAACUGACGGAAAAAACCUCAGAUAGUCAGUCACAAACACUUUAAAUAGAUUCAAUUGAGAUUAUUUUCUGAAGCCACUGAAGAACUGUCGGAAAAAACCUCAGAUAAAUGAAAUUGUGUCAUUUUUGAAUUUUUUAUUGGCGAACUGCUUUGUUUUCUCGGGCAAAGAAAAAACUCAAGAUUGCUUCACGAGGGAUUUUUUAAGCCCACAGAGACAACUCGCUUUUAACAUUUGUCUUGGCAGUAGAAGGUCUCGUUUGAUGGGCCGGAAAUUUAGUGUAGCACAACAAAUUUAUUUCAAAUUUUUUCCGUUUCACCGAAAGGCGCCUUCGUUACGCUUUCCCCUCCUCUCGUUGCUGCUGCCUCAGACGCAUCCUCUCCUGCUCCCGCCUUCACGCCAGAAAUCACUGCUACUGCCUUCUCUCGCGGCUGCUGCUUCAGACGCAUCCUGCAGCUCCUGCUCCCGCCUUCACGCCAGGCACCUCUUCCUUUCUUCUUCUCCUUGUUGAUCUUCUUCUUCCUCCUCCUCCCAACUGAUUUUGCCCAAAUGAAACCCGCCAGAAAUCACUGCUGCUGCCUUCUCUCGCCGAUGCUGCCUCAGACGCAUCCGUCGCGCGCAUUCACUGCUCUUGACAGGACUGUUUGCUACCUCCUCCUUUCCCCUUCCACAAGUAACUGCCUAAAUGAGGGAUCUCCACAAUCUUAGGAAACAUGGAGUGCAUCCUCAGCUGGCCAAGUUUAUAGGAGAAACUCCAGAAUAAUCAGGUGAUAUUAGUCAUUAAAUAAAUUCCUAACUAAAGACAUAUAUGAAAUAAAUCUUGUUAUUAUAUUCCACUAUUUUUUGAUUUGAAGCUUAUGAUGUGCCUCAUGACAGGCUCACUUUGCCUCAUCGCCUUUGGCAACAUUGUUUGUGGCUUUCCUCAUGUGAGAUCUUCGGCGAGUUCCACAGGGCCGCAACCUACAUGUAGUGUAGCCUAGCCGCUUUCUUUAUAGAGCACUCUGCCUCUCGCCGUAUGAACCGCGGGGUUUUCGGAAUGCAUGUCAGGUGAUGACAAAACAUUUUUUUUGGCGAUCGAAGGGGCUUCUGGGAGCUUUGGUCUUCCAGAAGGAGUGGGAGAAUACACAUGGUUCCGAGUUUAGAUUGCGGCUGAUGUUGGGCCACAAUUGUGUUUUACCUUUAGUCAACUCAUUGAUGUUUGAUCAGCUCCAGCUGAACCUGUUUUUGUCAUCAAAUGUAAUUUGGUCAUUUCUCCUGUAAUAAGAUCCACUCAAGUAUGAAAUCACUGUAUUGUAAAUUUGUAAUUCUUUCAACUCACAUACAUACUUGAAUGAAUGAUGUUGUUGGUCAUGGCGCUUGCCGGCAUUCAUAUAAUAUGGGGCAAAAUGGAUGAGGGCGUAGGUGAGCCCCAUCCCCCCUUAUAAGAAAAUAAGAUUCGAGCCAUUGGUAAGAAUCCUCACACUUUAACACAUUGACGUGUAAGUGACUACAAAUUUAUAUUUACAAUUGUCUAUAAAACACGUUAUACAAGAUAAUGGUUACAACAAUUUAACAAUAAUAAUGAUAAGGAUACACUCUUUUAUAUACAAUUAAUAACUUAAAUAUGAAAAAUAAGAAUAUUCAUGUAACUUGUGUGCUGACCUUUCAAUUGCACAAAGCACGCACUCACAAAGCGUAGGGCUUCUGAAGAUCACUCUGAUAGACUAUCAGACAAGAAGGGAACUCAUAUUGAUGGACAAUUGGAAUGGAAUGAUCUUCACAAUUUUGUUGAUGGAUAAUGGCAUACAAUGACAAUUUUUGUAUGGAUAAUGGCAUACAAUGACAAUUUUGUAUGGAUAAUGGCAUACAAUUUGUUGUAUAGUCGCUAAUGCUUAUUCAAUAAUUAUCCUUAAUGCACCUCUCUCUUUUUCUCUCUCCUUCUGUUUUAUGUUCUUUAUGUUUUUUUGCUCUUGUGAGAAUCACAUGAUGCAAAUUGCUUAGUUCCUUAAAUUAGUGAGACUUCAAUUGCACGUUUGUACGUCGUUUGGCAAUGGUAGCAGAAUGUUACUUCUCAAGUAUUGGAGCAGAUGAUGGAUGGAACUAUCACAUACUUUUGCCAUUGACAAACUACCUGUAAAGCUUUUAUAUGAUUUGCUACGAUGAAAAUCCAUAUUCAUGAAGUUAAAGUUUCAAACUCGCACUUAAACGUUUGGUGCAAUCGUUUUGGCAGUUGUUUUGCGUAUGAACUCCUAACAUUGCAUGGGACUCCGCUCCACCGGCACUUAGUUCAUGAGCAUGGUCUGCCACCUCUUGCUUCAGGAAACGCCCCGAAAUAUUAGAUCGUUCCUCCAACUUUCCCAGUUUUGCAGGAUUUGUGACCAGUUAAGCCAAUUCCACUGCGUUUUGAUCACAACAGGUCUUCUAUACAGGAGCAAGGAUCCCUUCUUAUGGAACACCUUAAUCCACGCCUACACCCUUCAACAAUGCUCUAAAAAUCCAUUCAUCCUCUUCACCCAAAUGCUCAAAAACCAGAUCCAUCCUGAUAAAUUCACCUUCCCCUCACUGAUCAAGGCCUCUUCCACCUCAAAGCCAAUAGGCCGGACCAUCCAUGGUCUCAUUAUCAAGCAUGGGUUACCUUCUGAUGACUUCAUACACAGCUGCCUCAUACAGUUCUAUGGUAUUUUUGCGGAAACAGACGACGCCCGCCAGGUUUUUGUUCAAAUAUCCGAACCAGAUAAAGUGUCUCACAAUGCAAUGCUCGACGCAUACUGCAAAAAUGGGAAGAUGGCUUCUGCACGCCAACUGUUUGUUGAAAUGCCUUGGCGAGAUGUCGUCUCUUGGACCACUAUGGUCAACGGUUGCGCCAAGAAUGGGCACUGCAGAGAAGCAUUUGAUUUCUUUAAAUCUAUGGUGGAUAUGGGUUUAUCGCCUCAUGAAGCCACUCUGGUUAGUGUUAUUUCUGCCUGUGGUAGUCUAGGGGCUGCUAAUGAAGGGAAGUCUGUCCAUGGUUAUGUGAUUAGAAGAAGCAUUAUGAUUACUCCAUUUCUCGGUACUUCACUAAUCGACAUGUACGGAAAAUGUGGUUUCCUAAACUCUGCCAUUAUAGUAUUUGGGAGUAUGCAACUGAAGCAGUUGUGCACUUGGAAUGCCAUGAUCACGACGUUUGCAGCACAUGACUGUGGCAAUGAAGCCAUGUCCACAUACAAUGAUAUGCUGAAGGCUGGUCUGGAACCAAAUGGGAUCACCUUUGUUGGAGUACUCACAGCAUGUGCACGAGCUGGUUGUGUUGAAUUAGGCAUCAAAUAUUUUGAUUCUAUGCAUAAAGAAUUCAACAUUUCACCGUGGACUGAGCAUUAUAGCUGCAUGGUUAAUCUUCUCGGUGCAGCAGGUCUCUUACAGGAGGCUAGCGAGUUUAUAAGGAGGAUGCCAGUGGAUGUUGAGGGAUCAGUCUGGGGUGCCUUGUUGGGGGCUUGCAGGCUGCAUGGGGAGUUAGGUUUAGCUGAGUCCGCAGGCCAGAGGCUUCUUGGUUUAGAGCCAGAGAGGUCUGGAGCUUAUGUUGUAUUCUCAAAUAUCUAUUCUGGUUGUGGUAGGUGGCAGGAAGCGGUAGAACUGAGAGAAGUUAUGGCUGAUAAAGGAGUCAAGAAAUUGGCAGGGUGUAGUUGGGUGAGCACCACCCCCACUUCGUGAUUUACCUUAUGGAAGGACAUGAAAGAAUUUAUUGAAAGGUCAUAGCCAUGAAAGACCAAGGUUUUGGUGGACUGGAAGGGCUUCAUGAACUGGACUAAGGCUCGAAAACUAGACCCACUGCAUGCUUGACUGCAGCAGCUUGAGCUCAACUCAGUUUUCACUUGCAAGGUAGUCGCUGUUCGAGUUCGACUCAUUUUCAGCGCAUUGAACCCAAUGAGGUUUAAUUAUCAAGGUUUGGUCUUCGGUACAGUAAAUGUUCAUAUGAACUUAUUUUAUUCACAAAGAUUGAGGUUAUAAAGCUGACGAUUCUUCAUCCUACAUUCAUUAAUGCCAAAUAAUCUUCUGGCCUGCGGACUCAGCACAUUCCACAUCCAAACCAUUUGCGCCUCUACGAAGAAGCAAAGUUGUAGGAAUUAGGAUGUGCGAAGGAGGAUUCCACCACCACACAAUAGUCUCAACAGAAUGUGCUUCCAUGUAUGCUCAGCACGAUAGUUUGCCUUAUUGGUCUGCCAUCAAGUUUUGAAUUAUUUGAUCUUGGUGCCAAAAAGACUGAAGAACUGGUAAGCUGUAGUUGGACCUCUCUUUAAAUUUUACAAGAUAGCUUUACAGAAGCUGGAUGAUGUAGUUCUACAAGGGCUUCUGGUGAUCUCUUGAACAUUGUUUUGUUCCUGUGGUUUUCAGGCAUCUGUUCUUUGCUGUUUCCAUUGGAUUAUGGAUGGGUUUAAUUAUUGGGUACAUAACAGAGUACUUCACAAGCAAUGCUUACAGGUAAAAGCCGCUAAACCCCUUUUUGCUUGCCUAUUUAGGUCGGUAUAUGCUCAUCUUGGGAACAGCUGAGAUGUCAAGAUCACUCAGUUCUGGAUUAUCAAACACCGCCCAGUGGAGUCUUCUAAUUCUCAUUUGGGCAUGUAUGGAGAACGUGUCAUCUGGCACAUUUUGGUUAUGAAGGAGAGUGACAUACUGGCUACAUUUAUCAGUUAUUCAGGUUUCUGAUCCACCACUAAAAUUCCAUAUUUACUCAACAGUUGUCUGUUUGCAUAUGGAGAAUAUGCAUGGCAUGGUUGGAAAUUUGGAAUACAAGGACUCAUACCUCAGUCAGUAUGCGAAGCAAGUUACAAGGAAUGUAGGUUAUUGUGCUCGAAAGAAGUCUAUAGCCUAUUGGCCUAAUCAUACAAGGCUAAAGCCACGCUUCCCAAUUCUACCGCUUCUUCUCUGGUUUUUGGCAGACGAGAAGAGGUGUCCUUGCUUGAUUUCGGCUGUGUCUAAGAUCGUACUGCCUAGAGGAGGAAGAACCAAGGAGACCGUCGGUUCUUACCUUGGUCUCUCGCAGCCGGACAUCGACGCCGCCAAGAGGAAUCCACCAGAACCACGGGCGAGUUUUCCUCACGCAGAGUUUCCGGAUACUUCAGCCGGCCUCUAAUUCUCCUUGUGAUUGAGGAGAAUUGCACCGCGAAGAAGUUUUUCUUUGCUGUUUGGGGUAAUCACGUAGGAUGAAGUCGACGAAGGUGUUGCCGGCAGCAACUUCACGCAAUCUUCAAUCAUGGUCCAUUCGGCCGUGGAGAAGGGGAGAGUUUAGACGAAGAAGAGAGGGAAGAGAUGGAGGAGCCCACUGGUUUCUGCUGAAGGUGUUGCUGCUUAACUUUAGGACAUACUCCUCCACAGAAUAUCUCUUUUACAAGACAAAAUGUUCCAGAUUUCUCUUUUCAGGACUCAGUCUUCAGUAUAAGCAACAAUCCUAUGAGGAAUAUAACUACCAGAGUUGAAUAAGUAAUGAAAGUGAGAUGAUAAUUUGUUGGUAAUGACUGAACUUCUUCUGUUCCACAAUUUCUAAUAGCUGCACUCUAAUGCACAAGUAUUGGAGGUCUCCUUCCUCAACCUUGAAUUUUAGCAACAAUGUAUUCGGUGACCACCCAAUAUAAAUUGGUGCAAUUAUCAAUA